GGAAGGAAAGAAAGAAAGAAGGAAAGAAAGAAAGAAGGAAGGAAGGAAGGAAGGAAGAAGGAAUCAUUUCAUCUCCGUGGAAUUUGUCCGUGGGGUUCCCACAGCAGAUGUUUGGAGAUCUGGAUGAGAACAAGGAGACCGAUGGCAGCCUCCUGGGUGACCCAGGGGAAACCCCUCCGGGGAAGAAGGAGAACAUGAAAUGGCAGAAGCCGCGACUCACGCGCAAAGCGCUGAUGAAAUGUUGCUUGGUGAAAUGGAUCCUCUCCAGCACCGCCUCGCAGGGGUCAGACAAUGGUGACAGCGAAUUGGAGCUAUCAGCCAUGCGGCAUCAACCGGAAGGACUAGACCAGCUCCAACUUCUAACCAAAUUCACCAAAAAGGAACUGCAGUCCCUCUAUAGAGGCUUCAAGAAUGAAUGUCCCAGUGGCCUGGUAGAUGAAGAAACCUUCAAACUCAUCUAUGCCCAGUUCUUCCCCCAGGGAGAUGCCACCAUGUAUGCCCACUUCCUGUUCAACGCGUUCGAUCUGGACCGGAGCGGAGCCAUUCGAUUUGAAGACUUUGUCAUCGGCCUCUCCAUUUUGCUGCGUGGCACAGUGCAUGAGAAACUCAGCUGGGCUUUUAACCUCUAUGACAUCAACAAGGACGGCUACAUCACCAAGGAGGAGAUGCUGGCCAUCAUGAAAUCCAUCUACGACAUGAUGGGCCGCUACACCUACCCGAUCCUGCGGGAAGAUGCUCCUUUUGAACACGUGGAAAAGUUCUUCCAGAAAAUGGACAAGAAUCAAGACGGCAUUGUCACCAUCGAAGAGUUCUUGGAGACGUGUCAAAAGGAUGAGAACAUCAUGAAUUCCAUGCAGCUGUUCGAAAAUGUCAUUUAGGAUCCUCAGGUUGCCGCCUGUUUGUUUGGUUUUUUUUCCUUCCUGAUCCACCUGCCUCCUUGGCCUGCACUUACGUCCUAGACGGCGCCCUCCGUCUUUCUUGUGAAGCACACGUCUUUCGGAGAAACACACAACCAACCAACCAACCAACCAAAAACUGUUUUUAUAAUCUAACGGCGGAAAUCGGGGUGAAGGCGCAAGGCAUGCGGCUUGCUUACAAAAAAAACUCCUUGGAUUCUCAGGACAGAAGC